AUGUCUCCAAACCCAUUUCUUCGCGAAGACGUGGAAGACUGGAACACCUUCUAUCUCGGAUUGUGUGUUCUUUUCGGAUGGAUGAUAUUCGUUUUGAUUUGCGCCAGACCUCAGUUGUUCCGUGACUAUCUCAAAAAAUGGUUCAAACCCGAUGGCGAUAUAUGUACUGAGAAGAUUCGAAAGGCGGAAGCACGUCUUCAGGAGACCCUUCGUCUCGCCCAGAAACCAUCUAACUUCUUGGUCGAUCAGGCAGCAGUCAUGUCAGCAAUGACAAUCAGACCGGAGAAGACUGAAACGAGAAUCACACUCGGUUUGGUGGAAGAAGAAGACGAAGAAGAAUGCUCCUAA